AUGGAUGUCAUAGCAUGGGUUCCUGGUAUUCCCGGAGAUGGUCCUAAAUUUCCUGUACCAGUUAAUUUCCAACCAGGAACUCUUUGUUUAAAAUACAAAGGAAUGAAAAUCUUCAUCCCAUGUAAAUCCACUAAAAUACAAAGCGACAGCAACAUAGCUAAGGACGUCAAAGAAAAAAAAAAUAAUGUCAAUGAUAAAUUUAAAAGCAGCAAGUCACCUACUCAAAUCAGGUAUAAAUCAGCAGACUCAGAAUAUACAGUAGGAGAAGUAUGGAGUUAUUCGGAAGGACAAAAGUUUUCUGCUGUGCCCUUAAAACGUUCUGUUGGUGUCCAAUGGAAUGUUGAUGAUACCGAAGGCACGUCUAAAUUGAUUAAUCCAUUACAGACAUCGAAUAGAACAUUUGAUUAUAUUGAAAAUAAAAAGUUGACUGCGGAUACUAAGAAAAGUAAUCGAUUCAAUAAAGACAUAAAAGUUAAAAAAUUUCAAGUACCAGCGGUGGUUAAUCAUUACAACACCAUCAUGAAAAAACCUGUCAACAGUUUCGAUAACAAUGUUAACAAUGUGUCGGUAAUAUCUGAUAUAAGAAAAGAACUUGGUGGUGGGGACCGCGAAGGAUUAAACUUGAUUGAAAAAGAAAAACUUAAUUUUAAACAUGGUACUGUGAGACGUUUAAUCAAAUUAUUUGAGAAUACGAAUGCUGCUUCGGCAAAUAAAUAA